AUGGAUACUACUAGUUCUACUGUUUCUACAACUACUGGAGCGCUUACGUCUUCUACAACGGGUUCUAAUGUUUCUACUCAUAUGUGUCUCAUGACGUCUUCUACUCCUGAAACUCCAUACAUACUACAUCACUCCGACAAUCCAGGUUCCUUAAUCACACCGGUGAUCCUCAAAGGAGACAACUAUUCUGAAUGGGCAACCGAGUUUUGGAAUUCUCUUCAAACCUGGAAUUCUCUUCAAACCAAACAAAAGAUUGAUUUCAUUGAUGGUUCUAUCCCAAAACCAUUGACGAAUCCUAAUCUUGCUCAGUGGACUUCAGCUAAUUCUAUCAUCGUUGGUUGGAUACGAACUUUGAUCGACCCUACGGAAUCUCUUAAGCUACGUUUCUCUGUUACUAACGGGGUUCGUAAGCAUCUUCUACAAGAUGAUAUCACAAAUUGCAAACAAAACGGGGAUACAGUCUUGCAAUAUUAUGGUCGUCUAUCUAAGUUAUGGGAGGAGUUACAAAACUUCCAGGUUACUCAGCCAUGUACAUGCGCUGCGUCUACUGCUAUCGCGAAGGAAAAAUAG